UGGGUAUCGGGUGAGGGGGCAGGGUGGCUCCUCAGAGCGAGGGUGGGAGUCGGGCUGAGGAACCCAGCUCUGCUCAGCUGCCACUGCCCAGACCCCUGGGCCCCUCCUCAUGGCGGAGGAGAGCUUCCCCUUCACCUCCUCCACUCUGCGCUCUCUCCGCCUGCAGCGGGAGUGGCUGGAGUGGGAGGACCGGCGGCGGGCUGCGGCCCGGCAGUGCAGGAGCCACAGGUGCCCCCCAAGUUCCCGGGCCCACCUCACUAGGCCACGCCGCUCCUGCCGAGACCCAGCUGUCCACAAUGCCCUGUUCUCCGGCGACCUGCAACAGGUCCAAGCUCUGUUCCAAGAUGAAGACACUGCCAACAUGAUUGUGGAGACCGUGAGCAAUCAGCUGGCCUGGUCGGCCGAACAGGGGUUCUGGGUGCUGACCCCCAAGACCAAGCAGACAGCACCCCUCACCAUCGCUGCGGCCCGAGGCUACACCGACUGCGCCCGCCACCUGAUCCGGCAGGGAGCUGAGCUGGAUGCCCGGGUCGGGGGCCGGGCCGCCUUGCAUGAGGCCUGUGCCCGGGCUCAGACCGACAGUGUACGGCUGCUGCUGACCUUCGGCGCUAAGGCCAACGUGCUGUCUGAAGAGGGCAUGACCCCCUUGCACCUCUGCACAUCCCCCGAAUCCUUGCAGUGCGCCAAGCUGCUGCUGGAGGCAGGAUCAACGGUGAACCUGGCAGCGCAGGACAGCGAGAUGACGCCCCUGCACGUGGCAGCAGGGCGUGGCCUGGAGGAGCACGUGGCUCUCUACCUGGAGCACGGUGCCGACGUGCGCCUGCGCACCAGCCAAGGCGAGACGGCCCUGAACGCCGCGUGCGCUGGGGCCGAGGGCCCGGGCUGCGGCCGGCGGCACCAGGCGGCAGCGCGGCGGCUCCUGGAGGCCGGCGCUGAUGCCCGGGUGGCCGGGCGCAAGCGGCACACGCCGCUGCACAACGCCUGUGCCAACGGCUGCGGAGGCCUGGCUGAGCUGCUCCUGCGCCACGGGGCCUGCGCUGGAGUACCCAACGGGGCGGGCCACACACCCAUGGACUGCGCGCUGCAGGCCAUCCAGGACGCCACCAACUGGGAGCCCGACGUCCUCUUCGCGGCGCUGCUGGACUACGGGGCCCAGCCUGUGCAGCCUGAGAUGCUGAAACACUGUGCCAACUUCCCUCGGGCCCUGGAAGUCCUGCUCAAUGCCUACCCUUGUGUCCCAUCCUGUGAUACCUGGGUCGAGGCAGUGUUCCCAGAGCUGUGGCAGGAGCACGAAGCCUUCUACAGAUCAGCCCUGUGCAUGGUGAACCAGCCAAGGCGCCUGCAGCACCUGGCCCGGCUGGCUGUGCGUGCUCAGUUGGGUAGCCGCUGCCGACAGGCUGCUGCCCGCCUCCCACUGCCCCCGCUCCUCAGGGAUUACCUGCUGCUGCGUGUGGAGGGGCGCAUCCAGUGAGCCCCACACCUGGCUGCUCCCACAACUUGUGUCCUGCCCCUUCCACCUGUUGUCACUCCCCCUCCAACCCUAGAGGACCAGUCCCUGGCCCUCUUGUCCAUACUCUGCAUGCCUUCCUGGGAGAGCUCAUCCCUCUACUGGCUUCUUGAGCCACCUGCUGACCUCCAGCUCGAUUUGAGCUUCAGCUCCUCUCACCAAUGGGAAGGUCUGAGGACUCAGCCUUCAGCCACCUCCUCCUCCUGUGCCUAAAUGGAUGAUGGUCCCUCUAUCCACCCAGGCCUUGAGCCAGGAGGCGGUGAUUCUUCUUGCUCACUCCCCCAUCCCCACCACUACCCAUGUACCUGUUCAGCCUCCUAAAGAGUGACAGACUCGAGAACCAGCUCUGAUGGCCUAGUGGUUAAAGUUCUGCAUGCUCUGCUUCAGUGGCCCAGGUUUGGUUCCUGGACAUGGAACCACACCACUCAUCUGUCAGUAGCCAUGCUGUGCCGGCAGCUUACACAGAAGAACCAGAAGAAUUUACAACUAUACACAACUGUGUGCUGGGGGGGGGGGGGGGGAAGAUUGGCAACAGAUGUUAGCUUAGGGAGGAAUCUUCCCCUGAAAAAAAAAAAAAGAGUGGCAGACUCUGCCUCAAGCUGCCCUGCUCUGUCACUUGAAGGGAGGACCUCACUGACUGGUCUUGAAGCCCAUGCUCUGCAAAGGAUGCCAGAACGAUCUUUGGGAAUCACAACUCUGAUUGUGCCCUUCAGUGGCUCCUCACUACCUUCAGACUAAAAUCAAAACUCAACAAGUCAGACACAGCUUCUCUUCCCUGCCUCCACCAAGCCCUCUGGCCUCCUGACUCCCCUCCUCCCUUCUGUGAUUCCUGUAAUCCAGCCUUAAUAAACUAGUUACCGGUUGUGAGAUA